AUGAACCACCUACACCUAGUGGCCACCAUGAGGUCUCUGGUCUUUGUUCUGCUCAUUGGAGCAGUUUUUGCCAUGGAGGAUGACAAGAUCGUCGGAGGGUUUGAGUGCACGCCCCACACAGAACCCCAUCAGGUGUCUAUGAAUGCUGGUUACCACUUCUGUGGUGGCUCACUGGUCAGUGAGGACUGGGUUGUGUCUGCUGCUCACUGCUACAAGUCUCGCAUUGAGGUGCGUUUGGGUGAGCACCACAUCGGGGUCACAGAGGGCAGUGAGCAGUUCAUUAGCGCUUCCCAUAUCAUCCGACACCCCUAUUACAACCGCUACACUCUUGAAAAUGACAUCAUGCUGCUCAAGCUGAACAAGCCCGCCACCCUUAACCAGUAUGUGCAUCCUGUGGCUCUGCCCACCGGCUGUGCCCCUGCUGGCACCAUGUGCAGAGUCUCUGGCUGGGGCAACACCAUGAGCUCCACCGCUGACAGCCACAAGCUGCAGUGCUUGGACAUCCCCAUCCUCUCUGAUGAAGACUGCAAUAACUCCUAUCCCGGUAUGAUUGACAACACCAUGUUCUGCGCUGGAUACUUGGAGGGAGGCAAGGACUCCUGUCAGGGUGACUCUGGUGGUCCUGUUGUGUGCAAUGGUGAGCUGCAGGGCGUUGUGUCUUGGGGCUAUGGAUGUGCUGAGAAGGACCACCCUGGUGUCUAUGCCAAGGUCUGUGUGCAGACUGAGUGGCUGCACAGCACUAUGGCCAGCAAUUAG